UGAGCGCAGCUCUGAUUGUGCAAACGCAGCGCCUGAGCUCGGCGGUUACAGGACGGAAGCGCCCGAAAUCGCGUUGGUGCUUUCUCCUCCAAUAGGAACGGAACAAUUACAAUCCUCUCAUUUGCAUAGCGCCGUUAUAAAUAGGGGGCGCAGGCGCCAUUUUCGAGGUUGUUGUGCUACAGUGAAGAUCCUGAAAGAAAACAUUAAGGAUGCCCGAGCCGGCGAAGUCUGCUCCAGCGCCCAAGAAGGGCUCGAAGAAGGCGGUGACGAAGACGCAGAAGAAAGGUGACAAGAAGCGCAAGAGGGCAAGGAAAGAGAGCUACUCGAUCUACGUGUACAAGGUGCUGAAGCAGGUGCACCCCGACACGGGCAUCUCGUCCAAGGCCAUGGGCAUCAUGAACUCCUUCGUCAACGACAUCUUCGAGCGCAUCGCGGGCGAGGCGUCGCGCCUGGCGCACUACAACAAGCGCUCCACCAUCACGUCGCGGGAGAUCCAGACGGCCGUGCGCCUGCUGCUGCCCGGCGAGCUGGCCAAGCACGCCGUGUCCGAGGGCACCAAGGCGGUCACCAAGUACACCAGCUCCAAGUAAAAGGAGAGGAAAUUCUAACCCAAACGGCUCUUUUAAGAGCCACCA